GCGAAUGCAAUUGGAAAUUGAACACUUAUGAUAUAAUUUUGUGAAAUUUAGUUUAAAUAGAGAACAUGUGCACGUCCCAACAAGGACAUCGUGAAAGGCAGGAAAACCUUAUCUUUUAACAGAAACAAUAAACUUUUAUCCAAAUUUUGAGAAACAUAGUAAGCUAAGAGACCAAAAGACUGUAAUAAUACAUACAUCGAUGGCGGCCUUGAGCUGCCACUUUCAACCAACAUACUUUAUUAAUUAUAAAAAAGUGAUGAAGACAAAGCCAUUUAUCUGUUGCUCAUCAUCAACACAAGGAAACAAUGUUAAGGUAAUCAUAAAUGGAGCUGCUAAGGAAAUUGGCAGAGCUGCAGUAAUUGCUGUCACUAAAGCUAGAGGAAUGGAAUUGGCUGGUGCUGUUGACUCUAAUUUUGUUGGACAAGAUAUUGGACAGGUUUGUGACAUGGAAGAGCCUCUAGAAAUACCAAUAAUUAACGACCUUACCAUGGUCUUGGGUUCAUUAUCUCAGUCAAAAGCAACAGGGGUAGUCAUUGAUUUCACUGACCCUUCUACAGUUUAUGACAAUGUCAAACAGGCAACAGCAUUUGGGAUGAAUAGUGUAGUUUACGUGCCUAGAAUUAAGCAAGAAACUGUCAUGGCUUUAUCUAUGUUAUGCGAGAAGGCCAGCACGGGUUGUUUGGUUGCACCGACACUUUCAAUUGGAUCCAUACUUCUCCAGCAAGCAGCAAUUUCAGCUUCAUUUCACUAUAACAAUGUUGAAAUUGUCGAGUCUACACCUAAUCCACUG